AUGGGCGUUGACAUCCGGGGCAGGAAGAUGAAGAAACCACCUGCGUGCGUGCAGUGCCGCAAGAGAAAAAUCGGGUGCGACCGGGCGAAGCCGCUCUGCGGGAACUGUGUGCGGAACGGCAAGAGCGACUGCUUCUACCCCGACAUUCCGGGGGUGUACGCGCAGAGUGGGGGAGGCGGCGCGACGCCGCCGGGCAAGAGCGCCGAGCUGGCGUCUGUGGAGCAGAUCAGGGAGUACAGCGCGCGGCUGCAGCAGCUGAGCAUGCCGCCGCGGCCGGUGCCCGCGAGCCCCGCGCCGGCAGAGCCCACGGUGUACGUUCCGAAAGUGACGAUGCUCCCGGCGGUGGUGCGGCGCUACGACUACAGUGCGGCGGGCGAAGAGCCGCUGACACACGUAGUGCGGGGCCCGGCGAUCUUCGACACGGCGAAGGUGCCGUACACGCAAGACGAGAUCAUGGCGAAAGAACUGGACUUCCUGCGCGGCCGGCUGCUGGACUUGCAGAAGGCGACGGGGAAGACCGUGCCGGGCCUUGGCGGACUGCGCGGGCGGCCUGGCAGCGGGCGGCGCGCGCGCUCCGACACGAUUGGCGCGGAGGAUGACGACAGCUUGCUGGACGGCAUGGACGGCCACUCACUACACAGCUCGGGCAAUGGCGACGGGCCGGCGUCCUUGAAGAAACGCAAGCAGGAUCAGUUCGACGAGUUCAAGUCGGUGGACCCUUCCUUCCUUGAUCCGAAACAGGUCCUGCGCGUUCUGCUGAACAAGAGCGCCUUUUUCACGCCCACCGUUCCCAUCCCAGGCAAUGAAAAUCGUCUGUUCCAUGUUGGGCACUUGGCAAUGCACGACGAUUACCUCUGCUUUUUCCACAAUAGGCUGUACGAUAUCAUGGCGAACACGUUACCGGAGCGCCUCUCGCAGCAGCAGCAGACGAAAUUGAAACCGGUUGCAGAAAUGGAGCCGUUACGUUUUCCUCCCAAGAUGCUAUGUACACACUGGAUCAACUACUUCACAACGCAAACGGAUGUUUCCACCCUAAUUCCUUUCGUCCAGUCGUCCGAUAUCAUACAAUCGAUAGACCAAUGGUUUCCGCAAAAAGAUGUGACCUUCAGAAUAGAGUCCAUCUCGCUGGACCAGCUGGCAACGUUAGGGCUGAUCACCCUUUUCCUGCUUUUCUGUUACAAUUCUCUUUCUUCAACAGUCUUGGUGCCGUUGAAGGAUGAUGAGAUGCAUAGAUACGAGCAGCUGCGGAGUUACGUGCCUCAACUACAUGCCAAUCUGAAGAGUAUCAUGUUGCUUGUGUGCAUGGGCGGAUCCACCAAUCUUUCCCGUAAAUGGAAAGUGCGCCUUCUACCCUUCAUAGCGGUCAUGAAGUUUUACCAGACUCUUUCGGGGUGGUCUCCUAGCACUUCUCACUCCACCGAUUUUGACGAGGACUUGAACUGGUCCCUGGACCUGGGCAUAAAUCACGAGACUCAAGACCAGAAUGCAAUUAUCAUUUGGAACUUUGUCUACAAAAAUUGUUGCUGGCGGAAACUGAUACAUGGAGAGCUGCCAUUGCCGCUUUUGUCAAAGCUUUCAGGUUCAUCGAAGAUACUGGAUUCUUCGCUAUUACAGGAUUACGACUUUCUCAAGACGAUAAUGAAGCUGUUGCAGUAUCUGCACAGCAGAGAGGAAACCCAGAGCGUUGCUAAAUUGCAAAAGCUGAAACUAAAGUGCAAGGAAGCAUUGAACAACGCCUCCCAGCGCUGUUACAAUGCACAACUGAUGGUCAGCCAUGUUGUGGACACGCUGGUAUACCGAAAUAUGGAGUUAUUCGUGGACGUUUACACUUUACUACAUUAUGAGUCGAUAGGCGAUGUUGAAAAAUAUAAUGAAACCUUCAAAUCUUUCAUCCAAUUCCUCCAGGAAUCUGUAUUCUACAUUUUUUCUGGGUUAGCCAACCUAAAGUUCGCUGGCUACGAGUAUAUCUUCCACCUCCCCACGUUUACCAUCCUGAAGAAUAUCCUCCUUAUCCUGUUUUCUCUUACAGAGAGAACUCGCCUCGGCGUUGGUAAGGAUACUCCUGAAUUAGCUCAGAUGAAUGAUACACUGAUAACCUUAAUCAGAAAAAUCUGUAUGCUCAUCAGCGAUUAUUCUAAAAACUGCAAGAAGGAAAACCCGGUAGUUACCGACAUCAAAGUCAUAGUUGCCACCUUGCUGGAGGCCAAUUCAUACGACCACCCCGCCGUCCCCAGCUCCUUACGGAAUGGCAUUAAAUCUUUGGAUAUUCUGAAGAUUAACAAGAAUGUCGCGAAAUUGCGCACAAUGUCGGAGACAUUAAUAAAAACAGAUUUCUACGAGAAAAGGGGCCCUUUUGUGCCUGAGUCGUUGCCCACGUUUGGCGUUACCGCUGGAAAUUUUGAUUCUGUGUAUCAAGCCUUCUUUCAAUAA